GCGACUGACAUGUUGAUGCUUGUCGUUGCGUUUGCCUCUCUGACUGCCGUGACUGCCGUCACCGUAGUAUGUACAGACUUUUCACCACUAGUCGUUAAUUAUCCUACUUUUGACGGAAAGCUUGCUAGAGUGUCGUGUGGUAACCCUUUGUCGCUUUCCGGCACGGCAAAGGAACCGUCUGUGCAGUGGCUUGCGGCCUCUCAGCAUGAAAGGUACACUCUGAUGCUGGUUGACCCGGAUGCUCCUGGUUUGCAGUACUACGUACACUGGCUUGCGGGAAACAUUGAAGGUAAUGAUUUGUUGGAGGGUACGAGAUUGAACGGUAAUGCCAUAGAAGAUUACUUUGGACCAGUACCUCCUACAGGAUCCGGAGUACAUCGAUACAUAUUUUAUCUCUUUCAACAACCUCAUGGUUAUCUAGAUUUUCGGAGACUUGAGACUCGUUCACAUUUCGAUCUUUACCGCUUUCAAACAAAGCACAACUUGGGAAAGCCAGUUGCUGUCAACUACUUUCUUGCAAGUGCUGAGUUGGCUGAUUACUAGAUAUCAAAGAAAUGUAUUAUUUCUAUGUAGUUUAGUGUUAUAGCUGCUGUAUUGUUAGACAGUAACAGAUAUAGAGAGAUCAAAAGCCAUGUGCAGAG